UCUCAGAGUUGGCGUCGAGGACCUGCGACGAGCUGAAUAUCAAGAGACGCUAUGCUGACACCGACGAUCAUACUAUGACUGGGCUCGUGGAGAGAUGGAUCCAGCUGAUUCGUCGAUGUGCCAUGAAGCCAAAGAAGACAUGCACGUUGCAGGGCUUUGAGGUCUCCGAGGUGAACUUGGUGCAGGAGGCCGCCAUGGUUUCCAACAGCAUGGUCAGCUACGGGGGCCAGACUGCACCACAGGUCGUGCUGGGCUUCACUCCAAGCGACUACUACGACCUGGAGGCGACCACGCUGGACUCGGUGCAGGGCGCGACCACGAGCUGCCCUGAUCCGUUCGAGGCGGCAGUACGCCUUCGACUUCUCGCUAAGUCGGAGAUGGCCAGGGAGAUUGUGGAAGACAGGAUCGCCAGGGCGAACCGCACUCGAGUACAGCAACAUAGACCCGAGCAGGACUUGAAGCCUGGAGAUAGCGAGGACGUCUACCGAAUUCCCGAGCGGAAGGACCAGUCAGGCUGGCGCGGCCCGGCAGAGCUGGUCAAGAUUACUGAAGGUACGGCAAUUGUGGUGUGGAACGGAGUGCCCUACAUCGUUCCAGUUCGAUAUCUGAGGAAGCACGCGGCCAACUUCAUAGUAUAUCAGGUCGGCGACACCACAUCAUCAGAGGCGAUGCUGAUCGACACCUUCAGGAAGCUCAUGGACAUCGUCGAUGGCAGCACAUACGGACAGUUCACACGACUGGGCAAGACAAUAAAUCCGAAUGGAAAGGUUGGGUGCUCGCCAGAUGUCAAGACCUUGAUCGCCAUCCAACCUUGGAAGCUGUGCAUGUUGACCUACCAACCACUAUUUCAACUCAAGAGCUUGAUAGAUCCCAGCAAAGGCGUCGUGAUCAACAACCUGAGCGAGAUCAAUUGGGAGAACGCAUCUUUUCUCGUUUUCUACACACUACCAACUCAGACUGACCCUUUCCUGGACGAACACAUGCCGCGGAACAUUGACGACAUAUCUCGCAUCGAUUCCGCUCCAGAAUCAGUCAUCGAUGUCGACCGCGACGCGGCAGAAAUGAUCCGCCUGAUUCCCGACACGGACGACUGGAUGUCUGAUCUGGAGGCCGCGAUGCUCGACGAGACAGUUAGUCACGACAAGACGAUGCUGGACCAGACACAGGUGAUACAGCACCCGGCGGAG